UGCUCAGAGCUGUGUGCUGGCAGGGGGAAGCUGAUCGUGGCGGAGCACAGAUGUAGUGUAGGUCGCUGGGACUCCGUGGCCAGCCGUCUGUCACUUUUCUUUUUUUUUAUAUAUAUAUAUACCGGAGGCUCGUUUGUGUGUCUGACAUUAACACGGAAUGGGAAAGACCGGAUUUAAUUCCUUGCACAGUUACGACGCAUGAAUGUGUCGCGUAAAUGCGGCGGAGAGGAGCUUCCUUUCGGGGGGAAAUAUUUAUGUUUCGGGACGGUUUUUGUUGGAGUAGCUAGUUGCUAGCGCUGGGGCUAGCGACUGUGCUGGCUACUUGGGACGUAUUUAUUUUCUGCAAGGAUGCUACGGUGGAUACGACAGCAGCUGGGCUUUGACCCCCCUCAUCAGAGUGAAACCAGGACGAUUUAUGUGGCAAACCGUUUCCCCCAGCACGGCCACUACGUACCACAACGCUUCGCUGACAACAGAAUCAUCUCCUCCAAGUACACAAUUUGGAAUUUUGUCCCUAAGAAUCUGUUUGAGCAGUUCAGAAGGAUAGCCAACUUCUAUUUUCUCAUUAUCUUCCUCGUACAGUUAAUGAUAGACACCCCAACUUCCCCAGUCACCAGUGGUCUGCCUCUCUUCUUUGUGAUCACAGUAACUGCUAUAAAACAGGGCUACGAGGAUUGGCUGAGACACAAGGCGGACAACGAGGUGAAUGGGGCUCCAGUGUUUGUGGUUCGCAGUGGAAGUCUGGUCCAGACAAGAUCCAAGAACAUCCGGGUGGGGGACAUUGUUCGUGUGGCUAAAGAUGAGACAUUCCCAGUUGACCUGGUGUUGCUGUCAUCAGAUCGUGAAGACGGCACCUGCCACAUCACCACAGCCAGCCUCGAUGGAGAGACCAACCUUAAGACUCACUACUCUGUGGCGGAGACAGCAGUGUGUCAAUCGGUGUCCCAACUGGAGGCUCUGCAGGCUGUGGUGGAGUGUCAACAACCGGAAGCUGACCUAUACAGGUUUGUCGGUCGGAUUACAGUGACUCAGCAUGGAGAGGAGAUAGUAAGACCGCUGGGUCCAGAGAAUUUGCUGCUACGAGGAGCCAGGUUGAAAAAUACCAAAGAGAUUUUUGGUGUGGCAGUUUACACAGGGAUGGAGUCCAAGAUGGCCCUCAACUAUAAGUGCAAGUCCCAGAAACGCUCUGCAGUUGAGAAGUCCAUGAACACGUUCCUAAUCAUCUACCUGGGCAUCUUGCUGUUCGAGGCCAUCCUCAGCACCAUCCUGAAGUAUGCCUGGCAGGCUGAGGACAAAUGGGAUGAGCCUUUCUACAACCAAAAGACUGAACAAGAGAGAAACAGCAGUCCGAUCUUGAAGUUCAUCUCAGACUUCUUGGCCUUUCUGGUCCUCUAUAACUUCAUCAUCCCGAUCUCGCUCUACGUUACUGUGGAGAUGCAGAAGUUCCUGGGCUCCUUUUUCAUUGGCUGGGAUUUGGACCUUUACCAUGAGGAGAGUGACCAGAAAGCUCAGGUUAACACCUCUGACCUCAAUGAGGAGCUGGGACAGGUGGAGUACGUGUUCACAGAUAAGACGGGUACGCUAACUGAAAAUGAGAUGCAGUUCCGUGAGUGCUCAAUUAACGGAACAAAGUACCGGGAAGUUAAUGGCAAACUGAUACCUGAGGGAAUGACUGACGAUUCGCCCGAUGGUUCUACGCCUCACCUGAUUGGUGAUGAAUUGUUAUUCGUCAAGGCGGUCUCAUUGUGUCACACGGUUCAGAUCAGCUAUGACCAGCCAGACUGCCUGGUUGGGGGAGGAGACCCAUUCUCCCAUGCAAACGGUUUCUCCUCCACUCACAUGGAAUACUACGCCUCUUCACCGGAUGAGAAAGCUUUAGUAGAGGCAGCAAAGAGGAUCGGAGUAGCCUUCACUUGCUGCAAUGGAGAUACCAUGGAAAUUAAAACAUUUGGCAAGUCGGAGAGAUAUAAACUGCUCCAUGUAUUAGAGUUCGAUGCCAACCGCAGGAGGAUGAGCGUCAUACUACAGACACCCUCAGGGGGCACGGUGCUGUUCACCAAGGGUGCUGAGUCGGCCGUCUUGCCUUUCGCUACCGGUGGUGAGAUAGAAAAAACGAGACUGCACGUUGACGAGUUUGCCUUGAAAGGUUUGCGGACCUUGGUGGUAGCAUGUCGCCACUUCAGCCCAGAGGAGUACGAUGAUGUGGACAGACGUCUGAACGCUGCCCGCACCGCGCUGCAGCAGAGGGAGGAGAGACUGCAGGAGGCCUUCAGCUACAUCGAGAAAGACCUGCAGCUGCUGGGAGCAACAGGGGUUGAGGACAAACUCCAAGACAAAGUCCAGGAGACCAUUGAGGCUCUUCGGCUGGCAGGGAUCAAAGUAUGGGUGCUCACAGGGGACAAACACGAGACGGCAGUCAGCGUCAGCCUGUCCUGUGGCCACUUCCACAGAACCAUGAACAUCCUGGAGCUGCUGCAACAACGCUCUGAUAACGAGUGUGCUGAGCAGCUUCGCAUACUGGCCAGGAGGAUAAAGGAGGAUCAUGUCAUACAGCACGGGUUAGUCGUGGAUGGGGCCAGUCUGUCUUUAGCGUUGAGGGAACACGAGAAGCUCUUUAUGGAAGUGUGUAAAAACUGUUCAGCUGUGCUGUGCUGCCGCAUGGCCCCGCUGCAAAAAGCUAAGGUGGUGCGUCUUUUAAAAACAUCUCCAGAGAAACCCAUCACCCUAGCUAUUGGGGAUGGAGCCAAUGAUGUCAGUAUGAUACAGGAAGCUCACGUGGGCAUAGGUAUCAUGGGGAAGGAGGGUCGUCAGGCCGUGAGAAACAGUGACUAUGCAAUUGCCAGGUUUAAGUUCCUGGCUAAACUACUGCUGGUCCACGGUCACUUCUACUAUAUUCGAAUAGCUACGCUUGUACAGUACUUUUUCUACAAGAAUGUGUGUUUUAUCACGCCCCAGUUUUUAUACCAGUUCUUCUGUCUGUUUUCACAACAAACUCUGUAUGACAGUGUUUAUCUGACACUGUACAACAUCUGCUUCACCUCCCUGCCCAUCCUGAUCUACAGUCUGUUUGAACAGCUGGUCCAUCCACACGUACUGCAGAAUAAACCUGGCCUGUACAGGGACAUCAGCAAGAACUCUCUGCUGUCUUUCCGGACGUUCCUGUACUGGACUCUGUUGGGCUUCUGUCACGCCUUUGUCUUCUUCUUUGGAUCCUACAUACUGAUGGGAGAAGACACUACACUUAUGGGCAAUGGACAGAUGUUUGGAAACUGGACAUUUGGAACGCUGGUCUUUACAGUCAUGGUCAUCACUGUCACAUUAAAGCUUGCUUUAGAGACUCAUUUCUGGACGUGGAUGAACCAUUUUGUGACAUGGGGUUCGAUUGCCUUCUACUUCAUCUUCUCCCUCUUCUAUGGAGGCAUCAUCUGGCCAUUCCUCCACACCCAGGACAUGUACUUUGUAUUCGUUCAGCUGCUGUCCAGCGGUUCGGCCUGGUUUGCCAUCAUCAUCAUCGUCAUUACCUGCCUCUUUCCUGAUGUGGUGAAGAAGGUCUUCUACAGACAUCUGCAGCCCACCAGCACACAAAAGAGUCAGUCUUUAUCAGCCACCCAGGCGCAGGCCCUCAGCUGUGUGGAGUCCCUGUGCUGCUACCAACAUGGGCAGAGCGGCUGUUCCCGCCUGGCCCGCCUCCUGGAGCAAAUGACCGGGCAGUGCCAGUCCAGCGCCAACCAUUGUCACACAUCCAACCGCAGCAACAGGUGGGGAGGACGGCGACAGCAGGAAACUAUGAUUAUGAAUCCUGAUGAACCCUCACCACCUCUUGGUUUCAAAAAUUUGGGCUGCACUCCCGAGUAUUUUAGCCCUUAAUGUGGCUACAACCGUACUGUCUUGGAGCGACACAGAGAACUUCUACUCCAACGAUCGCACCAUCCUGACGCUGUCGCCCAUCGAGGCCACGCACUGCUGACUCCCAGGGCCACUGCCUGUAACACACAAGAGUUUGGGGAGAGCUACUGCUCCGCUAUGAGUCAUAAUCACGCCCCCACCCCUCUUGCCACCAUUUUAUAACCCCCUACUUCAGUUUAAAGUCGCAGACUGGAGCCGUCGCUAUAUGUGAAACCAAAGGACUCGUGCAGCAAGCUGCUUUAUCCUUCACCAGUUUGUUUCCCCGAAAGAAUCCAUUCUUAGUAGAAAGGUUGAGAAGGACGUCAGAUGGGAGCUGAAACGUGGAAUUGUGGAGCAAGUCAGUGUGGCAUGAAGCAGACAUCUGCGGAGCUACUCCUGCAGGAAGAUCUGCCCAUAAUCUGAGCAGCAACAUCACAUUCCUGCUGUUUACAGGGGAUCUGCAAGUCCUGCAAAAGCAUCGGAAAACACCAUACGUAAAUUCUGUACCUGUUUAAUAGUUAAAGAUGUGUCAGCUCUCUGAGAUCAGCACAGGUACAUGAACUCUCAUGCAGCUAUUUAUUAUUCAUUUUAAGUACAGUUGCUAAACUUAUUUUUUUCUUGCGACGGUCAUCAAAAUGAGCUUCUACUGCAAGUCUUAUUUGUAGACACAGAAUGGGGAUUCCUGAUGAUCUGGACUUUUUGCUACAAUAUAAUCUAAUGUCAGGCAUCAGUCACGCUCGAGGCAUUGCAGCAUAAGGACUGUGACCUACCUGAGCAGGUUCUGACAUGCUUGUAGACACCAGCUUUCCAGAUCGUCCGUGUAGCACCAGGACAGAAGCUCCGCAAACUACAUUAGAGGAAACCUCAGAGGUGUAGCUGCUAGCUGCAAUUCCCAACUUCAUAUUGCUUCCAUAAACAGCUACAAUGACUUCCUCUUUGAGCUGUUGGCCCUUCGCUGCACCAUUGUUUCUCUUUCAGAUGGAAAGGGGAAAGAGCUAUACCACCCUCAGUCCUGUAGCAUUCAGAGCCUGGCUGGCCCUAACUGCUAGACUUGUCUCCCUCAGACCUACAGUACAGACCUACGAUACUUUGCAAGGAGAUUUAUCUCUGCAGUGGAACCAAAGACCAAAGGAUUCAGACUGGAGUUUAAAAGAUGAAGUGUUUAUUUUUGUGCCUGAUUGUACAGAAGCUUAUAUUGUUCAGAAGACUAUUAUUGUUCGUGCUGCUUUCUCGUCUGACUGUUCAGGCCUCUGUCUCCCCCCCCCGGCGCUUUUGCCCUGAAGGAGGCCUGAUGGGGUCUGUUUAAAAAGCCAUACAUUUUCAAGAGGUUAUAUUAUUGAUAGAUUAUCGAAGGUACCGCAGAUAGAAGCUGUUUGAGCCUGUUGUUGUUUCUGUGUUCCCCUUAAAUGCCUUUUCUCAUUCAGCCCGGUUAACAAAGGCAUCUCAGCAUUGAAGGCCACGAUGCUCUGGGAAUAUUUUUUUUAAGGUAAAGUUUUUAUAACACACAGGAGGUAGAAUCAUCCCUCUUGGUUUGCUUGAAAAUAUUUCCCCGAGUAUCGGAUCAGAAAAUGGUACCAUUUGGCUUUAAUGGUGAGAUGUUUUUCGGAACCGCAGCUGAUACACGUCGACCCAGACGGCGGAAUGUCUCUAUCUUUAGAGAGAUAGAUAUCAGAUAAAUAGAAUUCAGCUUCAGUAACGAUGCAGAGCGUUUGCACAAGUCACAUAUCAAAAUCACAUUUUUGUUGUUUUUCUCAAAUCAUUGCUUGUUUCUCACCAUUGAAAUCAUCUCAUGUUUUUGCUGUUACGUUGUUCUUACCACAUGUUGAUGAAGUGUGUGUGUGUGUGUGUGUGUGUGCGCGGGGAAGUGUUGGUGUGUUUCUUGUGUGGCAGCCAUGUCGAAGGAGGUACGGUAGCCUUGUUGUAAGCUCUUGCACGAUCUCAGCGGCCACAUGCUGCCUGCAGGUCAAAGGUCAAGGUUUGUUCCUCUCUUUGUCCCAAAAAGGAAAAAAAAUGUAAAUGAGGAAAAGCUCGACAGUUCUUAUUUUUUAGCAGAGUUCAGUUGAGUUGAGUGUAAUGUAGGAACCUUUCAAGACAACCGUUUUAAACUUGACAUCAACAGCCACACAACAAUGACCGGUACAUGCCUCGGCUCACACAGGGAAUAUAGGAUGUUUGUGUCGCUACAGUAACUGUUCAGAGACAUUUAGGUGUUCCUCAGCAGCUCCAAAUCAGAGGGUCAAUAAUGUUUUCGUCAGUCAGUUCAUUGAAUAUUCUAUUUUCUAUAAGGUACACGUUUGAUGCAUAAUCGGGCCUGUUAUAUCCUUUCUGUUCAUACAGGUGGCAAAGUGUCUAUUUAUUAUCGCAGUACUUUUUUGUUUCCUGUGUUUUUGUUGAGCCUUUUCUUACAUAUCAAUAUAUAUAUAUGUGCGUGUCCUGUUCAUGGCCUGAAUGCAGCAACUUCCCAGGAUGUUUUACUUGAUCUUAGAGAUGUAAUCAGGAGGUUGAACCUCCAUCGAAGCUAUUUUUGUUUGACCUGAAAGGUGACAGCGUAGCUGGGAAGCUGUCAGCUGCAAACCUGAAUGUUAGUUUGUUACAGGACAUUUAAAAGGACACUUGGGAACUUCCAGUUAGAUCACUCCAUCCAAAAACCCAACAGUUCUUUUUAACCAUUUGAGCUCAUAUAUACUAUUAAAAUGUCUACCUGGAUACACCUGUGAUACCUGCAAUCUGUACCUGGAUUAGGAAAAAUAAUGCUGUUUAAACAGUUCACCAGUUUUAUACAUAAAAUGUCAGUUUAGCUAUCAUAGGAUCACUACCCAGCAUGUGAAAACAGUUGUGUAAUGUCCUCUGUGGCUCUGAAGGGAGCUCAGAAAUCCACCCUGAUGUCCUCUUGAGUUAGAGUUGAAACUUGUAAAACUAGGGGCAUGGGGUUGGAGGGUCCAGUAUCUUUGGAGCUUCAAACGAGAGGCUUAAAUUCAGGAUAUCUUGGCCUCUGCUGCAUUAAUGUUGACCAUUCUUUUUUUCUAUGGAACUUUAUGGAAAUGCAAUACUAAAUCUAAGAGUACCCCUUUAAAGGGCACAUUUGAUGCAGCAGAGGCAGAGAUGUCCUGACUCAAGCACCGGAUCCUGCAAGCAUCCAGCAUCUGUCCAACUCCACACAAGUCAUAAGCGCAAGCUGCGAUAACAGAGUUAACUUAGAAAAGCUCCUCCAGAGCACAAAAGUAGAAAAUAGCAUACAACUGUUUUCACAGAAGAAGCAGUCCUGCCUUAUGACAACUAAAUGUUUCCAACAUUGAUGCAUACAAACAGCAAACAUGCAAAACCACAUGCAAAGCUGAUCAGAAUUGUGUGAAAAGAUAAUCGUCAACUUAAUGUCAGAGUGUGAAUUCCACUGAAGGUCAGUAGUUGACAUUAUUGAAUCAUCCCCCAGCCCUGGAGGUGUCAGAGUCAGCCACGAUCAAGUGUACAAUAUUCACGCAGGGAGUUACAAACCUAAAACUGGACAUUCCUCCUGUCUGGGAUAAGCAUUAAACUCUGUGUUCAGGGGGGAUUUAGGGGAAUCAGAGCUGUGACCCUGCAGAGUUAUUACAUGAUAUCAGAGCAGAUGGCAGAGGAGGGAAGACGAGUCCUCCCUGACCAAAGGCAAAUAAGGCAGCAAUGUGCAGAAACACCUACAGUGUUAGAGUAGUUCUGAUGCCCCCUUGUGCUCACCUACGGAAACCCAAAGUUUUCAAAAUGAAACCAUGAUGAUAUAAAUAGGUGUGUCCUAUUAACAGGGAUGUACAAAUAAAUGAUAGUGAUGUAUGAUUGACAGAGAGUUGGUGAUAAAGAGCAGCAUUAUAAUGAAAUAAAAAUGACCUGCAAUAAAACACUUACUGUGAAAAGAAGCAAGAUGAAGUAGUUUUAAAAAUUUAAUGGACAAUUUCUUGGUUAUAUAUUUCUCAUUUGGACACUUUGGGUCUCUCAUUCACCUCUAUUGAGAGUGGAAACAAAGGCACCAUCCAGUCUCUGUUAUCAUCCAAAGCAGACAACCAGAAUACGUGUAAAUGCAGUUAUGUAACUGUAUUUUAUCAAGACUGUAUAUCCAGGUACAGAUUUUAUAUAUAGAGAGAGAAGUUCAUUAGAAUUGGGGCCCAAGUGGCGCUCGAGCGAUAUCCUUACUGCUGUUUAUGCAGAAAACAGAAGCUAUAUUUUUCUAAGAUCAUAUCAGAUGUGAAAUUAACCAAGAUGUGAUUCUCCGAAGCAUCACAGCGCUGACGUCAUCCAGUCUUCAUCACGAGAGCGCAGUGGGGUUCAAACACGAGGCCUCGGGUACUUCUAGAAGCAGGAGAUUGCUCAGCCGGAUCACUUUUAUAAAUGGUAGUUUAAUAUUUUAUCAAGGCUCGACUAACAGAUGAUGAUCAUGUCAUCCAUCUGAAAGCCUCCCCCGUCCACGUUUAAUUGGAUUCCUUAUUAAAGACGCCAAGAGCUGUUCAAUUCUGUCAUCGGGCGUGGUUUUAAACCAGAUAUUCCUGCUUCUGGAAAUAUAGGCCAUAAAUGUCACAUGUGUAAAGAGCAGCAUUAGCGGUACAGCCAUGUGCGUCCUUCCCUCGAGGAACUUAACAAUCUGUCUCUUUCGUUUAGUCUUUAUAAAUACAAAUGAUAUCAUUGGCAGUGACCAGACCUACUGUCUGUGAUAUUAGUCUUCAGAAAUGAUCCUAAACUAUUCAAUUUAAGUUUUUAUGGUCAUUGGGAAAUUUUAUUAAGGGUCGAACAAAAUCUAGCACUGUCGGGAAGUUUUGUAGGAACAGAAGUUUUGAACUGAAAACCUGGUGACGUCAGUGCAGAGAUGCUCUCGGAAAACUCAGCCACGGUUUACAGACACGAAUCAAAUUAAGGUUUCCUUGAUCAAAUCAGCUAAAAAGAGGAGUCUGAAUUAAAAUGUCAAGCGACCAGUUUUCUGCAGCGAAGCGUCCUGUGACUCAGCACCAGCCAGCGCAACACAAGGCUGCAGAUCAUGUCAGUGCUGAACAGUUUGUGGAAAUCAUUUUUAAUCUCAUCGAUAAAUCGUGCUGCACCAGACGAUUAAUAAACCACCAUCAUCACUCUUCGGUCUGAUAUCUGUUGAUGUGUCUGUCUGUCUGUCUGUCCUCCCUCCUCCUCUCUGUAAAUCUGUCUUAUAGCUGAUGUUUAUGAAGAUGCGGUUCUAUUUACGAAAUAAAUAAAUUUUUAAGAAA